AUGGCGGCCGGAGCUGACGCGGUCAGUAGCGGAGGACGCAGCAGCGGCUCCUCUGCGGCUCUGGAAGCUUCUCUGGACCGUCGGUUACAGGGAGUUAGUAACACCAUGGAGUCAAUUCAGAACUUAUCGACCUGGUGUAUCGAGAAUAAGAAACAUAACGCUGUGAUAGUGCGUUACUGGAUGAAGUGGAUCAGAAAGUCGGAAGUGAAUCACAGGUUGAAUCUGUUCUACCUUGCUAAUGACAUCAUACAGAACUGCAAGAGAAGGAAUGCCAUCGUGUACCGUAGCACCUUCGCUGAAGUGCUGCCUGAUGCCGCCCUGCUGGUCAGGGAAGGUAAAGUACGUAAAUCAGUAGAAAGGAUCUUCAACAUUUGGAAGGAGCGGAACGUUUAUCCAGAAGAGCUGAUCACAGAGCUGAAGGCAAAUCUUCAAAAAAAAGAGACGCCGCCUCCACCGCCAGCACCACCUAAAGUUCCCGUUACCUCCAAAGCUGCUCUGAAGGCCAAGAUUGUGGCAGAGUUCGCACCGCAGGCAUUUCUGGAGCGCUUGGUUGCGUAUAAACGCUCGCUAGAUGAGAGCGAUCUGAGGGAGAACCAACUAUCGUCUCUCAGAGUCGACGUUUGCAGCUCUGAGGCUCUCAAACUACUUAAAGAUAAAGCAGGAGGAAAUGUAUUUGCAAAGGAAUUUGAGGAAGGCAGCACCAAGCUGCAGGAGUUUGUGAAGUUUUUGCAAGGACAGAUGCAGACAGGACCGGCGCUGCAUGAGGUUCUGGGGAACGCAGAAGUUUUCUACCAGAUGCAGUACAAAGAGGUCAAAAUCGUUGCUAAUGCAUAUCAGACAUUCGCUAACCGAGUCUCCAAUCUUAAACGUAAACUCGAUGCACUAAAGGCGACACUGCCAGACUCUGAGGAACCUCCUGUCCCCUCACCCUUAGAGGACGCACCCUCGCCCUCAUCCUCUGCCUCCGAAUCAUCCCUCCAAGGACUGGGGCAUCCUCAACGAACGAGGGAUGGAAAGAAUAGUCAAGACAUGGAGGGUGUGGAGAACAUGGAUGUGUCUGAUAAGGAAGACACUACAAAAACGAGUGCCGUUGUUGAAGAAAAAAAAGAAAAAAUGCUUCCUACUGUGGUUUCCAAGGCCUCCAAUGCAACAAUAACAAAGUCCCCUAAUGUAGCACCUCCGGCAAAGACAGCGACCGAACCCGCAGCCAAUCAGACGACCUCCUCAUCGUCGGCAUCCACAGUCACCAGUCCUGUGAGAGCCGCUCCUCUGAAUCUGGCCAACGUGGAUCUGGGGAAGAUCAGCUCGAUUCUGAGCAGCCUCACCAACGCCAUGAAGAAUUCAGGUGUGAGUCCUAGUCCAGUGUCCCGUCCCUCUCCUGGAACUCCCACUACUCCAAGCCACACCCCAACAACAAAAGCCCCACCCAUUACUGGAGGUGCAGCACCCAACCCACUAGCCAGCAUCCUGUCCAAGGUGGAUAUUUCACCUGAGGGAAUCCUGAACGUCCUCACCAAGACAAACAAGCAUGCAGGUCUUUCUUCUCUGCUCACCUCUGCCCGUGCUGGUUCUCUCACCUCCUCAAACCCUGCUCCCUCAUCAUCCACUGUCACCACAGCAACAACCACCACCACCAGCACUGUGACCCCAACAACGCCAAGCACCCCAAAGACCCCGAAGGUUUCAGGAAGCAACAGCUUAACCUGCAAUUCGGAGCAUAAGAAAGUAACGGACUGUGAGAGAGACAAAGUGAAAGAGCGAAAGAAAGAGAACAUAAGGACACCAAGUUUGGAGUCCAAAAUCAACAGUUUCCUUCAGGGCAAUCCAGCAUUCGCCAGCGUCUUCCAGACCGAAAGUAACAGCCCACUGAUUGUGGGCGGAGAUGCCACACCAGUGCGGGACGAAAGGGGGGCAACUCCAACUCAAGAUGAGAUGAUUGACAGCCUCACUGGUCACUCCCACAAAACUAGCACUUCACCAUGGGACACUGAAGACCGGAAGGACAAGGACUAUCGAACCCCACCACUUAAAAGCAAAGAGCUGGAAGCAGCGAAAAGGAGGAUUGAGGCGUCACCUAGUCGUGCCUCAACCUCUUCUACUUCCUCUUCUGGACAGGAACUGAACACGAAAUCUAAGUUGGAAGUCAGAAGAACGAGCGUUGGACCUUCAAACGUAGGAAAAAUUAAGGAGGAGAAACCAGGGAAGAGGAAGGAGCAAGCCGUGGCCGGAGACAACGAACGCUACCGUCGCAUUGAAACCGUGGUUACCAAGGUGACCAGCGAUAAUGCAACGGCCGUAGAAACGCUCGGCUACAGCAAUCGCAUCCAGACGGUGGAGGGCAUCCGUUCUGUUGGUCGAGGUCCCAGGAGGUUAAGCGACGCUUCGUGGUAUGAAGAGGCGGAGUUUAUGGAAGCCACUCCCCCACCUCAUCACGGAAACCAUGCUUCUGAGAGUUCUGGAGACCUGGCCACACCCCCUGUUCAUUUACUGCCCCAGUACCCACCACCGCCUUCCCCAUUCUUCUCUUCUCAACCCCUGCCCCCAUCACCCGUAGCACACCCUCUUGUUGCGCCCCCUCUUCUUGUCCCACCCCCUCCCCCUCCUCCACCUAGGGACUUCCCUCCCUCCCCUACUGUGAUGAUGGGUGGCAUCUUGGUGCCCCUUGACCGAGCUUUGGCCCUUCAACAUGCCAAUGCACAGCCAGACAUGGCAGGUCAGGGGGGAGGGUCCAGUCGUGGAAAUGGGGCUAUUGCUCCUACGUUGCUGCGCCCUCUCCAUCGCCCCCUAUUGGGGCAGCAUCCAAUUCCAUCCUCUCCAGCCACCCCAAACGCACCCAUGACCCCGACGUCCAGAGAGCCCCGGGGGCUUUUGCCCUCCCCAACCAGAGCCCUUUUGAAUUUGCCUUCUCCAACACAGCAUCUUCCAUUGCCCCUUUCAUGUCCCCGAGAGCCCUUGUUGCCAGGAGCAAAGCGACCCGGCUCCGCCUACCAAGGCGGGUUGUUGCACACCCCUAAACGACCCUACAUGCCGCCUCGUUAUUAAUGUCAGCAGCUCAUAAUAUUGUAGAAAACAUGUCUAAUCAGACGCACACACUCGAUAAGGCCCUGCCCUUUUGUUGCUAGGGUGAUGUUGAGUUAUUCCAGUCUAAACACAUGCCUUCUUAAACCUCGCCCAUUUACCCAGGCUUCUGAAAGCUACCUACGUUCACUUGUUAACAGAAAGUGAAACAAAAUCAGAGUGAUGAACUAGUAAACGGCGAAAGAUGAACAGUAAUGGAAAAGGUGGUUAUUCCGAUCGUUUCCACUUCCUUUCGUACGAAAGUGUGUGUGCGUGUGAGAGGGAGUGUGUGAACGUUAAAAAAAAGAUAAUUCUGCACUACCAGAGUCUCUGAUUCUACAUGUAAAUAGAAACUUUAGCUUUAGCGCUUUCUUUUCUGUGUGUGGCUUCUGCUUUCCAACUCUCCAUCUCUCUGUAAAUGAAUCUCACUUUCACUUCUGCUUCUGAUCUUCUACCGUGGAUCCACAGUGCAGGUCACAUGUUUACAUACACCUCUAAGGCGCAUGUACAUCAUGCCAGAUUUGGGAUUCCAUUCAUUUCUGCAACAGUUUUUUUUCUAUGACUAAAUGACAAAAAAAGCAAAGAAAUUCACCCGUUUGAGUUAACGUAUACAUAUAGCUAGAUUUAUGCAUCUAUUAGACAUGGAUUUCUAUGGGAAAGUCUAGGGUGCUUAGUACAGAUCCCAGUAAAUGCUUUAUAGAAGUCAGGGAUGUCUGAAGACCUGCUUUUUAGCAACUUCAGGUCCAAAGAUGGUCUAUACAAACAAAUUAUGUGGAACAGUGGGUCUCUCUUUGCUAAGUUUGGGAAGCAAAUCGAAAAUGACAUCUUAUACUGAGAGGAAGUGGUGGCUGUGUAUCAGAAAGUUGCCUGAGCCUUCCUAAACGGUCUUCCUUUACUUCUAAUUGUAAGUCUUGGAACCAUUUCCAAGCACUUUCCAUUCCUAGAAUAAUCUGUUCAACAGUUUACUGUAUAUACCAACUACAUGGAAAAGUGGUCUCUCCUCCAAGGUUGGGAACAUCUUACACUGAGAGAAAAUUUGUCCAAUGGUCAGGUAUAAUCCAUAAACUAGUCUGCCAUGAAUAGGAAACUGCUGGAACACUGGUCCCACUAAGCACUCAAGCUAUGACCGAGAUUAAAUGCAUGUUGCUUACAGGUGUAUGUAAACUUGUGACUGAUAGGUAAAUACAUUAGGUUUUGAGCAAAUAGAACAAACUAGCUGAGAAGAAAACCAACAGCUCGUCUCUAAAAUGCUUUCUUCUUUCUGUCUUGGAUCUUCUGAUUUUUUUCCAGUUCUCGGGUGUACUGUUGCUAAUAAAAGCCCUGUGCUGAGAAACCACA